AGUGCCAUCUCUAUUAUUAAACGUUCCUGCAGGCUUGCAAAAACAAAACAGAACGCAAAAAGGGAUUAAUUUGUCUGUUGAGUUGUUCUGUAAGCAUGCAUGGACACUAGGACGAGCGCCGGAUGCCAGUUCCAGCGAAAGCGCGAUGACGGAGAACACAGAAAACGCCGCAGGCGCGGAUAACCCGAAACUAGCGGAGCCAAAUCCACUCACAUGCAGGGAAGUUUCCCAAAUUAAGGUGAAAAGCGAACGGCCGGACGACGAGGUGGAGGCCAAGCUCCGUGCUCUAAAUGCCAAAUUCAAGGCGGAGGCUCUGGCGUCGCAGAGCAAUAGCAAGGACGAGGGUGAUGAGUCGACUGACGGUAGUGACGAUUCCUCCUCCGCUGACGAUAAGAAAGCCAUAGAACCCGUGAAGUCGUCCAAUGAGAUUUUGGCUGAGCUGUUCGGCGUAUUCAACGCUGCUCCUCCAGAGGAACUUCUGGACGACAAGAACCUGCUCAAGAAGAAGAAAAAAGUCAAAAAGGAGAAGAAAGAAAAGAAGGCCAAAAAGAAGAAGUCGCUAAAGUCCGAUGGCGAGUGCAGUGAUUCGGAUGCGGAGGGCAAGCACAAGCACAAACGGAAGAAGCACAAACACAAACACAAAGACGACAAGGAUAAGGAUAAGGAAAAGCUUCGGGAUAAAUCAAGGGAGAAAGCUGCGGCACCUUCGGCUUCCUCCUCAGUGACAGCUGACGCGGCGACGACAGGUAAGGAGAAAGAAAAGUCUGAGAACAGAAAGCGAUCCGCGGUGGAGCCGACCAGCCAUCUAGAUUCGCAUUCCAUUAAACGGGAAAGGCAGGAAAGAGAGCGAGAUCGGCGAGCUGAGAGGGAACAGGAGCGGGAACGGGAACGUGAUCGUGAGCGUCAACGCGAACGGGAACGGGAAAGAGAAAAGGAGCGUGCCCGUUCAAACAACAGCUUCUAUAACGGGCACCAGGAGUCGGACCGCUCCAAAGGAUAUCAAGCCGGCAAAACAAACUCCCGGCAGGAGCGUGACCUUUCCGAUGUUUCGCUCUCCGACGAGGAUACCUACUUGCGCGAAAAAGCGUCCAACGGGCGGCAACGGCCUCAUAACAGCUUCUACGACGGCAAUGAAGAGGCGAAGCCAGAAACGAGGGCGGAGCCCAAAACGGAGAUAAAGCGACAUGGACGUGAAACGGAUCCAAGAAGACGUCGAAGGACCAGGUCUCGAUCCCGGUCCCGAGAUCUUGGAAUCGACAAGAAGCGCUUGCUGGAGAUUGCGCGGAAGAAUGCUAUCAGCAUGUUCAAGCGAGGUACUCUGCCCGGUGUGGCCAACAUGACGCCGGAGGUCAAGGAUAAGGUGCUGGUCAAGAUGCGCUACGGCGGUCGCACGGUUCAAGAUCUGACAGACUUCUGCAAGAAGAUCUCCAAGGGCGACGGUCUUUCAGACUUGAGUUCUGAUGAGGACUCCGAUGUAGACAAGAAUGGCAAUGCGAAGGCUUUUCACCAUCCCUUUCAGCUGAAAGAGCGUGAGCCCAUCGUGAUGCACAUACGGAACUCAACACCCAUCGUUCCGGCAACAUCCCUGCGCGAAGAGCAAACCAAGGCCAUCACCAUGCAGUUUCCAGUGUCCUCCGGCCAGACUCACCGCAUGAACGAGGUGUGGGUACCGGUAGAAAGUAAGGAUAAAGUCAAGGCGCUGCCAGCUUUGCCACCAGCGAAGCAGGCCACCAAUAUGUUCAAGGAAACGCCAAUGAACGUGUUCGCAAAGCCUUUACCGCAGCAGGAUCAACAGGAGCCCGCCUUCAAAUCGGUGGGGGGUGUGCCUUUACCUCCGAGUACAGUUACAAAUGUAAAUCCUGCUCCAGCGGCUCCCAAGCCUGUCCCGCCGCCUGCUGUACAUGCAAAAGAUAUCCUGCCUGCAGUGCCUCUAGCGCCCUUUGUGCCCGAAGUGCCAAUUCCAUCGGCAAAAGAGGAACCGCCGGCGCCCAGCCCUUCCAUCUUUCCGGAAAUUGCGCCGCCCUCCAUGGAUGUCUCGAGUAUUAUCACACAGCGUCUCAGUGCCAUUCGCCGUCUCCAGGACAAUCCUGGCGACUCGGAAGCUCUAAAGAUGAUGUAUCACGCGCAACGUAAUAUGUCGUCGUGGGCCAACUCCAAACACCUGCCCGGACAGUUCACCGGCAGCACAGGUGCCCAGGUGAUGAAGGCCCAUGAGCUGAACAGCGGCCCACAGCUUUGGGUGCGCAAAGACCAACUGACAUCCACAAAACCAGUGACCGGCGGCAUGGGCAUGGCGCUGUUGCAAAAAAUGGGCUGGAAACCGGGCGAGGGACUGGGCAGGUGUAAGACCGGAUCACUGCAACCGUUGCUCCUGGACGUAAAGCUUGACAAGCGCGGUCUGGUGUCGCGUGAGGAUCUUAGGCAACAGCCGGCUAUCCGCCCAAAUGCGGCUCAGCGAAGGAAUAAGAACACAUCGGGGCAUUUUGGGGGAGGAACGGGGCCUCCGGGUGCCGUAGCGCCCGUGGUAGCGCCCUUAGUAACCCAAGACAAGCAUCCUGUAUGUGUUCUCAACGAAUUGUCGUCGAAGAACAAGUGGACGCCGCCGCAGUAUACGCUCCGCCAAGAUACUGGUCCGCCUCAUUGCCGGUUGUUCCUUUUCUCUGUGGAGAUCAAUGGACAGAGUUACACGCCGGAACGGGGAUGCCUUAACAAAAAGGAGGCCAAGCUGAACGCGGCUCAGUUGUGUUUGCGAGCCUUGGGCAUCCUGCCGCCUAGUUAGUGGUGUCAAUCGGUUCAGACUCUAGUAAGUAAUUUGCAACGUUAAACUGUACAUAAAGAUAGCUCUAAAUCUCACUUACCUGCGUAUAGUUGAUUGUGUUAAUGACGGGAUGAACGCGUUAAAGCGUCGUCAGAUCUAUAUAUUUAAUAUAGAAAUAUACAGACAACUGUUUUGAAAAAA